AUGUCGUGGUUCUCGAAAGGCGGCAGCGCUUCGGGCGGUGGUUCCACGUCGGCGUUCGCAGGCACCGGACCAUCUCGAUGGAUCAACAUGGACACGAACCAGAUCAAGAACAUGGGCGGUGAACUCACCGGCGAGAGCGAUGCCUUCUCCAAGACGUUUGGCAUCGAGCUCACGCGUCAGCAGCGUCUGAUCGGCUUUGCAGCUUGCAUGCUCGGCGGCUUCGUCAUCUCGCUCCUCGGCACCGUCCUGCUUGUCACAGGAUCUUGGGCCAUCUUUGUCGUGCUCUACUCGGUGGGAGUGCUCGUAUCGCUGACAGGCACCGGCUUCCUCAUCGGAUUCAUGAAGCAGUUCAAGCAGAUGUUCAAGCCCGUGCGCAUCACCUUUACGCUCGUCAUGAUCGUCGCCUUCAUCAUGGUCUGGGUAUCCGUAUUUGCCAUCGGCAGCACCGUACUCGCCAUCAUCUUUGUCAUCGUCCUAUAUGUCGCCUUCCUACUCUACUCGCUCUCGUACAUCCCAUGGUGCAUCGACUUUAUCAAGCGCAUGUUCUCCAGGCUCUUCUGA